AUGGCGCCAAGCUCCAACUUGUUGCUUUCUUUUUUUCUUCCUUCUUUGCUUUCCUUUUUGUUCCUUGGUGAACCCGGGAAGGACAGUUUGGGCACCCCCUCAAAUCCGUGGCGCAACCCGGCUCCAUGCCUGCUGGGACUCUGCCGAGCACGUUGUGCCUGGAGCGCGGCGUGCUCGGUUGCAUCGUCAGUGGUGGGAACACGCUGCGAGGGGGUGGGGGUGUGUAAGCUAGGACGGCCUGCGGUACCCUUGCCGCUGUUCCCUGCCACAGCACGCGAUGGGAAGGAACUUCGCGGCUUGACAGUACUAGGUACUCUACUCUGCCCAUGUCCAGGUUUGCUUGAGCGCGAAAAGGUUCGAAAGAAUCGACUUGGCAAAGUUCUGGACUUGGUCCCAAACUACAGUCAUCCAAACGCCAGCAAAGGAAAAUGCGCCUCGCGCCCCUCGGAUCUCGUCCACGCGGGUUUUUGGUCUCGCAAGCAGGCUUUCCUUUUGGUUAUUAUUGAUGUUCUACAGCAAGCACCCGGUUUGGGUAACUGGCCGGGUGAUCAUUGUAAUUUCAAAACAUCGGUAAGCGCCUCCAAAAAUUGGACGCUCAGGCAAGCCACCUCACCGGUGGUUCCUCUGUCUAUUGGGAAAGAGGUUUCUUUGUAUCUAACACCCCGGCGGCACCAACGGGUUCGGUGUAGUUUGGAGAAAUCACGACCUGGGGAUUUUGACGGCGACAGGGUCGGCGCAGAAAAGGGGGCUGGCUGGCUGGCUAAACUGCUCGCAGGCUAG